GAACCGGAAGCUUCUGGUCAGGCUGGUUCUGGAGGUCCAGUAGGACCAGGCCUGAUGUCUGGAGGAGGUGUCCUCCUCAUCUCUGAGGUUCUGCUGGAACAUCUGGGCUCUGAAGGAGAACACAGCUUGGUUCUGCUGCUGGAAGGUCAGACAGCGGUUUGGACUAUGAUUGGUUGGAUUCUGGAUCAGAACAUCUACAGAGUUUGAAGAUCUGGAAAAGGUCUUCGUCCCUGAGCCGGUUCACCAUGAGACCAGCGGCUGGUUCUGUCCAAACGGGUCUGUGAGUGAGGUCGGGUCUGCUGGGGAAGAUGAAGAAGAUGAUGAUGAUGCUUCUGCUGGUCUACGUCGCCAUCCCCUUCAUCAUCAAGAUCUUCCCCUCCAUCCAGGCCAAGCUGGUCUUCCUCAACUUUGUGAAGAUGCCGUACUUCAUCGACCUGAAGCGACCGUUGGAUCAGGGACUGAACCACACACACAACUUCUACCUGGAGCCUGAGGCGGGCCAGAAGAUCGGAGUCUGGCACACGGUUCCUGCUCAGAUGUGGAGGGAGGCUCAGGGCAAAGAUGGCCGCUGGUACGACUCCACAUUAAACUUCGCCCGCCCUGUCAUCCUCUAUCUCCAUGGAAACGCAGGGACCAGGGGGGGCGACCACCGGGUUCAGCUGUACAAGGUCCUCAGUUCGCUGGGAUACCACGUGGUGACGUUUGACUACAGAGGUUGGGGCGAUUCGGACGGAACGCCGUCGGAGCGAGGGAUGACAUCAGACGCUCUGUUCGUUUAUGAUUGGCUGAAACAGAGGAUGGAGGAAUCUGGACAGCUGUAUAUCUGGGGCCACUCUCUGGGGACCGGAGUCGCCACUAAUCUGGUGCGAAGGCUCUGUGACCGAGGAAGUCCUCCAGACGCUCUGAUCCUGGAGUCUCCGUUUACCAACAUCAGAGAGGAGGCCAAGAGCCACCCGUUCUCCAUGGUGUACCGCUUCCUGCCCGGCUUCGACUGGUUCUUCUUGGACGCCAUCUCUGCCAACAACAUCCGCUUCGCCAGCGAUGAGAAUGUGGACCACAUCUCCUGUCCGGUUCUGAUCCUCCACGCUGAGGACGACAGCGUGGUUCCGUUCCACCUCGGGAAAAAGCUCUACCACCUGGCGUCUCGGUCCCAGAGCCUCAGCGGACAUAAAGUCCAGUUCGUGGCGUUUCCUUCGUCACUCGCCUACAAACACAAAUUCAUCUACAGGAGCCCGGAGCUGCCGAACAUCCUCAGUGACUUCCUUGGGGCGGCUCAUCCUGUGGCGCCGUGAAAUCGGACCGGCGUUCGCAUCAUCAGAACUGUUUAUCACAGACUGAACAUUCCUUUGCUACCAUUCCCAGAUCCCCUCCUGGUUACCAUGGUGACCAUGAACAGAUGUGAUGCUGAGGACGGUCGCUCUGCAUCAUCUUCAUCACCUGCAUGGUUUCUUCUUCUUCUUCUGAUCACAUGACGCGCCUGUCUGCAGGUCCACUCUGUCCGGAAACCUGCUGCUUUCAAACCUGUUUGACUUGAAUUCAAUAUUAAAAGUUUGUUUUAUGUAAACCUGCCUGAACUGUGGGUGACCAGCAGGGGGCGCCAGGAGCUGAAUGGACCGGUUCCAGUUGAACCACAACAGAACCGAACUGAAGCGCCGGGAAUCCGGAUCAACGCCCUGAAUGGACUCAAUUACCCAGAAGGCAUCUGUGAUUUCCCCCUGAGAGCAACAGGCAGCUCUGCUCCUGAUGAUGGAGAAAGUUCUGGAGACAUAGAAAAGAUGCUGCCGGUUCUGCUCCUCUGGGCCCGUUUCAGGUGUUUGUUUCUGCUGAAAUCCAGGAUGUUUGGAUCAGAACAGGAGGCCUGAUCAAUCAAAGGCAGGAAACAUGAUCCUCUGAUCCUGACGGAGAACUUUACUCUGCAGCAGGACUCAAUAAAUAUGACAUUUAAUGGUUAAUAAAACAUGAUUAACACAAAAGCUUCCUACUGGAAAAUAAAGUUUAAGAUUAAUUAACAGAAAAUGAAA